UUUCAAUUUAAAAUCUGAAAUUGACAAUGAAGAAGAUAAACAUUCUGAAGAAAUUGUAACAAGUCCUGAUGGUACUCCUAUGUACUCUAUCAGAAAACUCAAAAGAUUCAUUAGAAAGACUCAAGCAAGGCUCAGUUACACCUGCAUGGUUGACAGCUGCAAAAGAGCCUUCAACAAUCUCAGUGAAAUGCAACUCCAUCAGAAGUCUCAUCAAAAACAGCGGCCAUUUAAGUGCCCAUUCUGUCCCAAAAGCUACACUCAGAAAGGGAACAUGGUGAAGCACAGAAGAAGCCACUUGAACCCAAACCUGGAUGACAGAAGAAGGUUCAUGUGCGAGUUCUGCCACAAAGGAUAUACCGAGAAAUACAAUCUGAAGGUAAGGUUCCAAACGGACAUUUUAACUGUGUAGACCCACCAGCAGAGGUUCCACCAGAGGGAGUACCAGAACAGACUGAGAACAGAGAGCUUGCAGACUUAAUAAUUUGAUUCUCAAAGUUGUC